AUGAUUGCCUCAACACCACUUUCGCUCCUCCUCCUCAAUCUACCAGACGAAGUCCUCAUCACCAUCUUCGGCUUUCUCGACAUCCGCACUUUGUAUAAUGCCACCCUCGUCUGCAAGCACUUUUGCGACUUGUCGGAACCCUUUCUGUAUCACACAAUCCAGAUCCUGAACGGCCGUCAAGCCACUGCUCUCUCCGCCAGCUUUCAGACAAGUCCCUUUCGCACAACAUGGGUCCGCUCUCUUCUCAUCUCCACUAAGUUUGGCGAUGAUCAAGGCCUCUGUACGCUCCCGCCAUAUAUUAGUCGUAUGCGGAACCUGCAGACCCUCUGUCUCGAAACCCCAGACUGCAAUGCCAAGUUUCCCGAAGAGCGAGUUUCCUGGGUCAGCCUGCAGGACAGGUAUGAAAGAAUCUUUGAAAGCGCCUCUGCCGUUGUUCCAGAGUCCUUUGGCCGAGUUCUUCCCAAUCUCAAACAAUGCACUCUCCACUUCGUCGACGGACAGAAGGAAAUCUAUUCAAUGACCAAAUAUGCCAUGCUUUUCUUACACCCCAGUCUCAGGUCUCUCACCAUGUCUUGUGCGAGUACAGAUUUUGUCGACAAGCUAUUGACGCCCUUCCAAAAUGACCAAUCCCUUUUGAAGUCAACUCGACUAGAACAUUUGCAUCUCGAGGAAUGUGACAUCUUCUCACCAUCUCUCGGCAUUCUGCUGAGCUUCCCCAAAGCUCUGAAAUCCCUCAAGAUCAGUGAAGGUGUUCGGUAUGACGGCAUCUUCACGGCAAGAAAUAGUCGAUUGCAUGGUAACGUGUCUCCCGGUCCAUUUGUCGAUGCAAUUUCCCAGCAGUGUGCGUCGUCGUUGGAAUAUCUUUCCCUGAGCCUUGGCUAUGCCAGACAAGGUUUUCAGCACAUCAAUCAUCCAGGCCAGCACUUGAACCUUUCCGGAUUCCAUGCACUCAAACAGCUGGAUCUCGAUGUUCGAACCAUCAAUCUCAUCAGAGUCCGAGCUAAUUGCGACCAUGCCACCUGGCGACGACUACCUCCCCACCUCGACACGCUCAAGGUCUUUGGCAUUCCUCUGGGCGAGCGCCCACCAUUCCAGGCUCGCAGGCGAGUUUGGUUUCCGCUGGAUACUUGUAUAAUCACAGACAAGGCCAAGCAUGGCGUUCGACUUUUGCGAAAUGUGAUUUAUUCAUACGAAUACUACCGUGAGGACGAAGAAGUGCCAACACCAAGCGGCUCAGAAGACGGCGACAGCAUCGAAGACAUUAGCCAGGUCUCAAUCGCGCACGAUCGCAUGAUGACAAGAUGCAAGGAACUCCAACAUCUCUUUGUCAAGGCUGGUGUGAGGCUAGAGAUUGAGGUGGUUGCCCUGCCCAAUGGCUUCAUACCUCCCUACCUGUUCCCCGAAGACAAACCCCGGGCUUUCAUGCUCUGGGAGUCGGAACCAAGAUCUCCUUGA